UUGUACCAGUUUUAAUAUUUAUUCGUAUCAUUUACAUCAUUUACAUCUACAUACACACAUUUACUUAUUACUUACGUGAUUCAUUAAAAAUCCAACCGAACUCACGAAUGAGCGAAGACAAAAACUACGUUUGUCAGCUGAUUUUCUUUGUUUUUCUAUUAACAAGCUUUACAUAUAGCUUUAUCAAGAACAAAAUUGCAUUUUUUUCAAUGUCAAAAAACAAGGAAACAAUAAACAAAAGAGAAAAUGUAAAACAAUAACAUAAUUAAUAUACAUUUUGAGAGACUUGGGACGUGAGCGAUCAGUAGAAUUUCAUUGAUUAGGCUAAUACUAAUAAUUGUAAUAAUAAUAGCUUGUAAUAACAAAAACUUAUAAUAGUACAUACUUUAAUCACAUCUAUGUAUGUAUAUAAUGGCCGCGACCGCACGUGUCCAAGUGAGUGGCGUUCUCUAAUAUUCAGUACAUACAUAAUUCGUUUAUAAAUUAAAAUAUGAAGUUUUGAAAUAAGAAGUAGUAACAAGGUUGCAAGCUUUCAGCUGCACAAAGUUACUAAGAUUCCUGUGUAGCCGGAAUACACACUCCAGACGAAAAGGAAAGAGAUUACAGACGUUGUGACGUGUGACUUUCAGAUUGGCGUCGCGGGGAGAGGUCCGUGCUGUGGGUACAGCCGCCCUGCUUGUGAAGAACACAACAUGCUUACAUUCGAUUUCUCCUUCCCGUAAUCAUAAACAAAAUAUCUGUAGGUAAAACUUUAAUUAAAUUGCAAUUUAAGAUACAAAUAAGCGUUAUCGACGUCUUAGGUAAUAGAUUAUUGAACUCCGUGUCAGGGCUAGCUCGCAGCGCGCUACAUUACUUUAAUUAAUCACUAGUGUAGCCUAGAAUUAGAGAGACCGGAUUUAGAUGAGGUGGGAGACGACAGUAUCAACAGUACAGACUACAGACUAGUAAUAAAGUUUACGGUUUUUAACAUCCUACCUAUAGAUAAUAAUACACUUACUUAUGUUCACAUCGCAUAUGGAUAUUGACGAUACGUUGUAUCUGUCUAAUUACAAUUCUAUAUCCGCUUCCAGGGUCAUCGUAACAACUCCGAGGUCGACUGUCGAUGUAUCAAAGUAAAGAUACGUUUAACCCACAUUACUACAUCUUCAAAAUUCAUGUUCAUUAUUUAAAGAAAAUAGCCAAAGUCAUGAAGACAUUGAGGGAAAAGCGUAUGAAAUACAAAUUUUAAUUUGAUUGAAGUGAAUCGUUUGUUCGCUAUGCGCUACGUAAUUAGCAUACAAUUAUUAUUUUCAAUACAGAUGAUGGCGAGGGCCUCGCUAAUAAUUUUAUUCAAGCAUUCACAUCCGAGCAAUAUCCGUUUAGUAUUAAAAAUGACCCCGCACAUGUUUAGUUUGUGUGUGGUUAUCUGAAGGGUGUCUCAGAAUGUUUUGAGUCUUUCAUUAGACACGUGACACGCGCAGGCGGCGGGGGGGCAGGGGGAGGGGGAGGGGCGAGGGUCUGCAAUUAUAAUUUUUUGCUUGGACGGUGUGGUUGGACGAGCUCCCAGCCCACAUGGUGUUAAGUGGUUACUGGAGCCCAUAGACAUUUACAACGUAAAUGUUAGAGAAAUGGAAUGCAGCCAUUUUAGUUUCCCUUUGUCUUACGCCUGGGGCGCUGUACUCUGUACUACUUGUCAAGCUGACAUUCUGUGUACUAUUAUAUUUUUUCUACCAAUAAAUGCGAGUUAUAUUGUGAUCCUAAAAACGUAUCAUUAUUUCUUCAACAACCACGUAGUUUUCCUACAUGGUAGCAGAGCGUGGUUCAGUUGUGUUUAGUUGUGGUAUAGCUGGAAAUAAUAAUAAAGUGGACAAAACUUCAAUCCGAAAAAAUUGUCGUUGCAAUUCAAAUUGAAGGGUAGGAUCGUUCAUCAAAAAUUGAAUAUUCCUCGUGAAGAUAAGCAAGAUGGGCCCAAAUAUGUUUAAUUUAGAAAAACUGGUAGGAAGAGAAAACUUUGCCACGUGGAAAUUCAGCAUGAAAGCAUAUUUGGAACAUGAAGACUUGUGGUGUUGUGUCGAAUGCCACGACGGCAAGCCGGUGGAUGCUGUAAAGGAUAUCAAAGCGAAAUCAAAGCUGAUCUUACUACUGGAUCCGCAAAAUUAUGUCCAUGUUCAAGACUGUAAAACCGUCAAACAAGUGUGGGAAAAUUUGCAAAAGGCAUUUGAUGAUAAUGGUUUAACAAGAAGGGUAGGUUUGCUUAAAGAUUUGAUCAACACCACAUUAGAUUCAAGUAACAGAGUUGAAGAUUACGUAAGUAAAAUAAUGAACACAGCACACAAGUUACGUAAUAUUAGUUUUGAUGUCAAUGAUGAGUGGCUUGGCACCUUGAUGUUGGCUGGCUUACCAGAAGAAUACAAACCCAUGAUUAUGGGCUUAGAGAGCUCUGGCAUUAAAAUAAGUGCUGAUUCAGUAAAAUCUAAACUUAUACAAGAAGUUAAUACAUCAAAAUCAGCAGCCUUCUAUACAAAUUCCAGAAAACCCAGAAAUAAUACCUCAUCGAUAAAAACAAAGGGUCCGAGAUGCUUUAACUGCAAUAGGAAUGGACAUUUCGCUAAAUAUUGUAAACUACCAAAGAAACAAACGGCAAAUAAAGGAGAAAGUACUAGUUUUGUGGCAGCUUUUUCAGCUACAGUCAGCAAAAAUGUAAGUAAUGAAUGGUACAUUGACUCUGGUGCAUCCAUGCAUAUGACAAGCAGAAUUGAUUGGAUGUAUAAUGUAACUGAAUCAUCUGUAAAAAACAUCACUGUGGCUAACAGAGAACCCUUAGCUGUGAAUGGAGUUGGCUGUGUGAACAUUCAGCUAAGUCAAGAAAAUAAAAUACAAGUUAAAAAUGUUUUAUUUGUACCUGGGCUGGCUACUAAUCUUCUCUCAGUUGGAGCUAUUGUGAAAAAUGGAUAUAAGGUCACAUUUAAUGACAAAGGAUGUGAAGUUGGAAAUAGUAAAGGUGAAGUAAUAUGCUCUGCAAAGCUGAAGAAUAGUUUGUAUGUAUUAGAGACCUGUAAGGAAGUGGCCCACUUGGUCUCAAGAAAUAAGAAUAGCAAUAAUACUUACCUGUGGCACCUGCGGAUGGGUCAUUUGAAUAUGUCUGAUGUAAAGAAGCUACCUACAUGCUCUGAGGGAGUGACUCUUAUUCCAGAUGUAAAUGAUGUCACUUGCACACAUUGUAUGGAAGGUAAGCAAGCUAGGUUACCUUUUAAAAAUACUGGAACAAGAGCUACGAGACCUCUAGAAUUAAUCCAUUCUGACUUGUGUGGUCCUAUGGAGAACAUUUCAUUUGGAGGUAUGAAAUACUUCAUUACUUUCACUGAUGAUUUCACACGAAUGGUUCAUGUCUAUUUUCUUAAAGACAAGUUGAAAAUAUUAGAGAUUUUUAAGGAUUUUAAACUGAAAGUAGAGAAUGAAUUAAAUUAUAAAAUUAAAAGGCUUCGCACAGAUAAUGGCAAAGAAUACUGCAACUAUAAUUUUGAAAAAUACCUAUCUAAUCAUGGUAUAAUUCAUCAGACCUCUACUCCGUAUACUCCACAGCAGAACGGCCUGGCCGAGAGAAUGAACAGGACUUUAGUUGAACGCGCAAGAUGCAUGUUAUUUUAUGCUAACUUAGAAAAGAAAUUCUGGACUGAAGCAGUAGCAACUGCUGCUUAUGUUGUGAAUCGUUCCCCGACAAAGUCAUUAGAAGGUAAAACUCCAUAUGAAUUGUGGAAAGGUAAGAAACCUAACUUAUCACAUCUAAAAAUAUUUGGCUCUGAAGCUAUGGUCCAUGUGCCAAAGGAAAAACGCCACAAAUGGGAUAAAAAAUCAGUAAAAAUGAUAUUUAUGGGUUAUUGCGACAGUUCCAAAGGAUAUCGUUUAAUGGACCCUAAAACACUUAAAAUAAUCAAAAGCAGAGAUGUUAUUUUUAUUGAAAAUGUGGAAACUUCUAUUCCAAUUGAGGAUAAUCGCACAGUCACUGUCAGUUCUGUUCCUUCAGAAACUGAGGACUCAGAGAAUUCCAGUGUCAGCCGGGAACAAGAGAUACACACUCAGGAGUCAUCUGCAACUGCACCUUUAAUGUCUAGUAAAGACUCAAAUAUACGAAAAGGUGAUAGUGAAGACUCAAGUGAGUAUGACACUGACACUGGGGAACUAGAUGCCACUUAUCACCCGCCUUAUCCGAUAAGACAAGACUAUAGUAGUAGUAUAACAUUAAGGCAACGAAAUAAACAAUGUGAUACACAGGAUGGCAAAACGAGCCUAUUGUGUUUGUAUUCAGAUUUGACUGAUCCACAAACAGUUGAGGAGGUACUGACAUCUUCACAAGCUGCAGAAUGGAAGAGAGCCAUGGAUGAAGAAUAUAGUUCCCUUAUGAAAAAUAAAACUUGGUCAUUGACAGAACUUCCUCCAGGUAAAAAGGCUCUCCCAUGCAAGUGGGUAUUCAAAAUUAAAACAGACCAAAAUGGAAAUGUCACCCGUUACAAGGCAAGACUUGUAAUAAAAGGCUAUGCUCAAAGAAAGGGCACCGAUUAUGAGGAAACAUACUCUCCAGUUGUCAGGUACACAACUAUUCGCUACUUAUUUGCUUUAACGGCUAAAUAUGGAUUGGAUAUAGAUCAAAUGGAUGCUGUAUCGGCCUUUCUACAGGGAGAAAUUGAUACUGAGAUCUAUAUGGUGCAGCCAGAACAGUAUAAGCAAGGGUCUAAGGAUGGUGCUAUAUCUUGGCGCUCUCAAAAGCAACAGACUGUCGCUCUCUCCACUGCUGAAGCCGAGUAUAUGUCGAUGUCGUCAGCGGCGCAGGAAGCGUUGUGGCUUCAACAAUUACAUACCGAGCUCGGUCAACAGAAGAACAACCCUCUCAUCAUCUUUUGUGAUAAUCAGAGUGCUAUAAAAUUAUCAAAUAAUUAUUGUUAUUUACCCAGAUCAAAACAUAUUGAUAUUCGUUAUCAUUUUCUCAAAGACCAUGUCAGUAACUUAGAUAUAAAGUAUUGUUAUAUAAAGGGUGAGGAAAUGGUAGCUGAUAAUUUAACUAAGGGUACUAGUGUUGAUAAACAUUUGUAUUGUUUAACGAAAAUGGGGUUGCAUUCCAAGGGAGGGUGUUAGAGAAAUGGAAUGCAGCCAUUUUAGUUUCCCUUUGUCUUACGCCUGGGGCGCUGUACUCUGUACUACUUGUCAAGCUGACAUUCUGUGUACUAUUAUAUUUUUUCUACCAAUAAAUGCGAGUUAUAUUGUGAUCCUAAAAA